ACAAGGUCCAGGAGCUGUUUGAUUUUGAGGCGAUGCAGAAGCGGGAGCACAAGAAGACGGACGAGGCGACCAACAUCAUGACGUUCCUCAGCGGACUCGGCUGCGCUAAGGAGCUCUUCUUGAACUUGUCAUAUGAGUUUGCCAAGGUUUUAAGCAAGACCAGCAACUCGGUGCCAAUGAGUUUGCCUAAGAAAUGCUAUUUGCGUGGGUUGCGGAAGCUGUCUCUUGGUCUGAACCACAACGACAGAGGCCUAGCUAAAGUGGUCUCAUGCCUGCUGAACAGCUCCCCAAACCUCAGCGAUCUCGAGAUCCAUGACCCUUACAAUUAUGAUGAUCGUCGCGUAAGCUCUCUUGCGCCAGAAUUCUGGGAGGAGCACGUGAGCACUGAGUGUGUUCAGAAUCACCUGUCGAAUAUCACCUUCUACAGGGCCAGCGAGAGCUUCCAGGACUGCCCUUACAUCGUGUUCUCCAAGUUUCUGGUGAUGCGCGCGAGGGCUCUCAAGAGGAUGAGCAUCAAGUACCAACGCUCCAAGGAUCAUCAUCUCUAUGCGGACGAGCUUGAGACAGUCCGAGGGGAGCUCCAGCAAUGUCCAAGGGCUUCUCCAGGUGCCCUGGUGGAAAUCUCUGCUGUUGAUCGCCUCCCGUGGUAUUAGACGAGGAGGAACUGAUGUGAGGAGUUUAUAUUUUGUUUACAUGCUGAGCGCGAUGCAACGGAGACAAUCGGUAGAAGAAGAAGACUCAAUAUCUUGUUAGCUUUAGGUGGUGCAAUCAGUAAUUUGUCUUUUAAAAUAUGGGACUGUCUAUCCCUCACUCGAGUCUCGAGUGAUUCAGAGGCUUUUCCCUAAAAUAUUGGCAAAAGGAGCAUGUGGCCCUGUGUUACUG